AUGGCAUCAAAAGCAGCAGUGGCCGCGGUUGAUUUCACCCGCAUUUACUCGACACUUGGGCUCGGAAAAGGCAUUUACUGCAGCUUCUGGGCUAAUGAUGAUUUUCCAUUUGCAGAUACCAUUGCCGCUUUGCAGGCAUUCCGCAAACGGCUCGGUGAUGCUCAACGCAUUCAGUCGCAAUAUGCAUCUCAACCCACGACUGUUGACCUCGCACACUACCGCUCCGUCUUGAAGAACAAGGCAAUUGUUGACGAGGCGGAGAAGUUGUUGAAAGAGUUCAAGGUUGUCACGUACGACGUGAAUGCCCACAUCAAAGCCAUCGAGACUUUCGAGGCAAAAGCGGUACGCCCUCUAUGCCGACCGCCUGCCCAAAUUGACGUCGAACUCAAGGAGUUGCAGGCAACGCUUGCAAACAUCGAAGAGGCUCGUCCAUUCGAAGACUUGACGGUGGAGGACGUCGGUAACGCCCACCCACGGAUACUGGAAGCCGUCGAGACCAUGGUCAAGAAAGGCAAAUGGACUGUACCAGGCUACAAGGAGAAGUUCGGCGACCUUUCGUUGAUGUGA